CUCUGAAAUAGAUAACAAUAGUUGUGUAGAUGUUAUGGCACAGGCCAGCCACCCAAUGCCGGGACGAUGAUCCCACCAGGGGAAUGUCUGUAUGCUGGGAGGAAAAGGAGGAAACCCAUUCAGAAACAAAGGCCUGCCAUUGGGAAUGAAAAGUCUAAUCCUUCAAAGAGGCAUAGAGACCGUCUGAAUGCUGAAUUAGAUCAUCUGGCCAGCCUCCUUCCUUUCCCACCUGACAUAAUAUCUAAGUUGGACAAACUUUCUGUCUUGCGUCUUAGUGUCAGCUAUCUCCGAGUCAAAAGCUUCUUUCAAGCCAUCCAAGAAAAACAUUGUAGGAAGCAAGUUGGUCACACAAUAAAAGACUACCAAUCCAGUGAAACUACUAUACCAGAAGGUGGACUCCUGCUAGAAUCACUAAAUGGCUUUGCAUUGGUGGUGAAUGCAGAUGGAAUGAUAUUUUAUGCUUCCUCAACUAUUGCGGAUUAUCUAGGCUUUCAUCAGACUGAUGUAAUGCAUCAAAAUAUAUAUGAUUAUAUUCAUGUGGAUGAUCGCCAAGAUUUCUGUAGACAACUACACUGGGCCAUGAAUCCCCCACAACUGAUGUCUGGACAGCAACCGCAGACUGAAACAGGAGAAGAAUAUAUUCUUAGUAAGUUGUUUAAGGCACAAGAGGGUGACAGCAUGUCAACAGAUUAUUCUUCUUUUUUAACUCGUUGUUUCAUCUGCCGAGUUCGCUGCCUUUUGGACAGUACUUCUGGUUUCCUUACAAUGCAGUUUCAAGGUAAACUGAAGUUUCUCUUUGGACAAAAGAAGAAAUCCUCCUCAGGAACACUAGUACCACCUCAGUUGUCCUUAUUCUGCAUAGUGGCCCCGCUCAUGCUCCCUUCUGUGACAGAACUGAAGAUGAAAAGUCUGCUUGUAAAAGCAAAGCACCGAGCUGAUGAGGAAGCCACAAUGGAUACAAAUUCAAAAUCCAUUUCAGGCCUAUGUGAAACAGAAUUACAAGGAAGAACCAGUUACCAUGAGGGUGCAGCUUUCUCUAAUGUGUUACAAAGUGCUGAAAACCAGGCCAAAGCAAACAAUGGAGAAAAUGGCAUUUCUUUAUUUAAAGUACUAACAAAUGAAGAUCACUGGGUCUGGCUACAAACCAAUACUCAAGUUCUGUACAGGACUGGCUGUUCAGAAUAUGUCAUUGCCUCACAGCAAGCUCUAAAGGAGGAAGAUGUGCACCUGAAGGUACCAAAGAACAUCACAAGUUUGAAAGGACACAAGGACGCACUUACCUAUAACUGUGCCAUUGAAACUUUGGGACAGAUGAAGCAUCUUAACUGGACAAGUGUAAAAAAUGCACAAGACAGCAUAAAAGUGAAGUUUGAACCUAAUACAAAUGAAAAGUGUUUCAUGCAAGAGGGAUCUCUGAAUUCUAACACAUUACUUUUAGGUGUCCAAAACAACUGCAACACGAACAGCAUUUGGACUUUAAAAAAUUCAUCAAAUUCUUGUUCUGUAAAUCAACGUAUCAAUACAUGUCCAAGCAGAAAAAUUGGACCAUUCUGUAACAGAGAUCAAAAUCUUUUAAAUUUAGCAUCAAACUUUCCUUCCCAUUGGGGUACUACAGAAAACUGCCAGUCUUAUUCAGGCUUGCAGCAAUUUACUGGAGAAAACUACACUACAGAUCCUGUCAAAUUACAACGUCCGGUGCUGUAUCCAGAAACUUUGUACGACACAGUAUUUCCUCUAGAUAUGCCCAUCAAAACUGAGUAUGAUUCUGACUCUGAAAAUGUAGCUGAUAGCUACACAAUGUCACAAAGUCGAGUCUGGGUGGAUGAGAAUGGUACGGUGAAAAAGCAGCUGACUGGCUACCCUAAUACAAUGCACCUUAAAACAGAAUCUGACCACAAUGAGCAGUUGUCUCCUUGUCAAAAGCCAAAGAACUGUGUUUACACACCGCACAAUUGGCAAUGCAUUGUAACAAAUCAUGCCAACAAUAUGAAUAUAAACAGAUCAUGUAGAGGGUUACAUAAUAAAGAGAUGGCACAGGUUUGCCCCCAGAACUCUGCAUAUUUGGAAAGCAUCCAUGACUUUCAGCGUACUGAAUUCUACAAUCAGUUCUAUAGCGCCAAUUUGGUAGACGAGAAAGUGCAAAAUAACCAGUUUUUAAAGAUGCAAUGUGAGUUUAAAAAUCCCUCCUUGGUUCACACAAUCAAGCGUGAACCCUUGGAUUCUCCACCAUUGUCUGAUAAUGGGCAGGAUGGACUAGAGAUGAUCUUCCCUGAUAAUGCACCUGGUCCUGUGCCUCAGGAAACAACGGAAUGUACAUUUUUACAAUAGAUUUUGUAGUAUCUGGAAUAUUUAUGAGAUUGAAAAACAAGCAGUUUUAUUUUAUCUUCCUGUUGGACUACAUGAAUAAUUACAAUUAAAAACCAAAGGGAAAAGAUUUAAAAAAAUAUGAUUCUCUCUAGUGAUCUUUGGAUAUGGAGCAAAGUAAAACCACAGAUACCAUGGCACAGUGCUAAUUUCAGGUCUAGCUUCCCCUCUUAUCUGUUGUAUAUAACUAUAUCUUCCUUUUGCCUUUCUUCUAUUGUUUAUGGCAUGAUGUGAAGUCAAUGGCAAAACUCCUAUUGACGUCACUGAGACUAAUCCUUUUAUCCUGUUAAUCUAAUGUCUUUAUUUUUAUUUUCUCCAGUAAAAGGGACCAGCACUGCCUUAUCCACAUAUUAAUUUAAUCAGCUUCAGGCAAGGGCUUCUCGAAUCAUAACUGCUUAAUUUAAAGGAAGACCACUGUAGUGAAAGACUCAAGGACCACAGUCCUGACAAAGAGAAGGCCAAGGGGCAAGCUGAUCACAAUCUCUAAGUACCCACAUGGGCAACACGUAUUUAAUAAUGAGCUCUUUAGUCUAACAGACACAGAUAUAAUGUGAUCCAAUGGCCAGAAGUCAAAGGUAGACAAAUACAGAGUGGAAAUAAGGCAUACAUUUUUAAACAGCGAGAUUAAUUGACCAUUGGAACUAUUUUUGAGGAGUCCUAGUGAAUUCUCCAUAACGGGUCAUUUAAAAUCAAGUUUGGGUGGUUUUUAGAAAAGCUCUGCUCUCGGAAUUAUUCUGGGGGAAGUUAUAUGAUGCAUGUUAUAAAGGAAGUCAGACUAGAGGAUCACAGUAGUUCCUUGAAAUCCAUGAACAUGUUAACUCAAAAUCCGGUCACCUUUGAAAAAACAAACUACAGUUAUUUUUAGUUACUAUAUCUCUGCCUUAGUUGCCCUGCCAUUUUUUGUUAUGUUUUAACAAUCACAUUUCUUAUGUAAAAAAUAUUAAUCUCUCCCCUCUUGCUGUUUGAAAGAGCCACAUAUAAAACAGGAAUAAAUGACUAAUUAUCCAUUUAUACAGAUAGUGACACGCAAAGUGUUGUUAAAUGUAUACACUCACAAAAAUCAUGUUACUUGUCACAUUAAUAGGAAAAAAACCCAAAUAAAUGUUUUUAAUGUGAUGAUGUCCCUUCAAUUGUUCAUGACACCAUCCUCUGACUGCAUGACUCGUGCUGGUCUUCAGUAAUUAUGGGAACAAUUUUUCAAAAGCAUCUAAUAUCUGCAGUAUGAUAAAAGAUCUGCUGGCCUAGAUCAGCUGACCUUGAGCUUGUGGAACUUGGGCUGCAGAGCUGUAAAACUGUAGUGUAGAUGUUCAGGCACAUAUUGUAACUUGGGCUCUGAGACCAUGCAAGAGAGGUAGGUUCCAGAACCCAGGCUCUCACCCAAGGCCAAACAUCUACACUAAAAUUCUUUACCCUGCAACUCAAGUCCUGCAAGUCUGAGGCUGCUGAGCCGGUCUCUGCCACGAGUAUUUUAUUGCAGUGUACACAUGCCCUAAGUCGCUUAGGAUAUGUCUACAUUACAGAGAAGAUUGAAGCUGCCGCUGUCAGUCUUCCAGCGUUCAAAUGAGCAGGUCUAGUGAAGACACACUAAUUUGAACUGAAAGGGACGCUCCCGUCGAUGCCGUGAGUUCUGUUUCCAUGAGGAGUAAGGGAAGUCGAAUGGAAAGUGUGCUCCCUUCAAUUUCCUGCAAUAUGAA